UUUCCAGAGAAUGCUCUGGAAAAGCUCUUCAAAUACGUUCAAAAAAUGGCAACACUGUUUCUGCAGCGCAUGCGUAUGGCUGUUCAUCUGAUCAUCUCUGCUGUCUGCUGUGCCCGGACUGAAACUGGAAAACCAUUUUGUUUGAUUGACUAAAUCAAUCUUUGAAUUCUUUUAUUCAAGUUUAAUUUCCAAACUUGAUUUAUAAAAUGAGUGCUUGGCGUGCGGCUGGUCUUAACUACAUCCAAUACUCAAAUAUUGCUGCCCGUGUCGUGAGGCAAGCACUGAAAUCAGAAUUCAAGGCUGAUGCAGCUAAGAGAGAAGAAACAACCGUCAGGUUCACAGCAUGGAAAGACGGAAGACCAGCCAAAGCUGCAGCCGCUGCUAAGUAAGAAGAGCGUUCAGGGUGGAAAUUAGUUAUGAAAGAUAUUGAAAGUGUUGGAGCUUCUGUGAGAUAAGAUUAAUUUACCUAGUUUUAAAUGCAUCUCAUCAAUUUAGUAGCCUAAACACCCAAGCUAUUUCAUGUCAAUUUUCUUGGUCUCAUCAAUAUUGUGCGGUACAAAACUGAAAAAAUCUCAUACACACUUCAUAAUUUAAAAAUGCCGGUACAAUAGAGUAUUGUGUAUACUUUCCAGUUUCCUGACUGCCAUGUCUAUUAUAAUUGUUGAAAUAAAAUUGUUCUACUAAAAUGA